AUGGUCGACAAAGCAGACGAUAAGCCACCUUCACCGUCACCAUCGGCGGAUUCUAGCCUUACAGACUUGCCAGCACUCGCAACCACGUUACAAGCCGCGUCCUUGGAAGAUGAACCUUCCCUUUUGAUUAUCGACACCGUUGGAGACCUGACUGAGUUGUUGAAAGCACUAGCAGAUCUUCCCGCUUGGGCCCCCCUCUUUGUCUUUGUUUCUUCAACACAAAAAACAUAUCUUGUCGAUAUCUACACUCUCAAAGACAAGGCUUUCUCUCAUCCCACAUCGGAAGGUUCAACUCUACGUUCCAUCCUCGAAUCACCCUCUAUUCCAAAAGUCUUCUUCGAUGUCCGCAAUGACUCAGAUGCCCUAUUCAGCCAUUAUGGGAUAAAUUUAGCUGGAGUGCAAGAUCUUCAGUUGAUGGAGCUUGCAACGCGCACAUUUUCGAGAAGACUUGUGAAUGGACUAGGAAAGUGCAUUGAACAUGAUGCUCCUAUGACGCUAGGUGAAAGAGCAAAAUGGAAAGCAUGUAAAGACGCCGGACGGAAACUUUUUGCUCCAGAGUGCGGCGGCUCUUACGAGGUAUUCAUUGCUCGCCCACUGUCUGCCAAAAUCAUACAGUACUGUGCACAAGACGUUCAAUUCUUGCCUAAGUUGUGGCGUAAAUACAAUCAACGAAUGACUAAGAAUUGGAGGUUGAGGGUGGAAACAGAGGUGGAAAGACGUAUCACACUUUCCAAGUCCGUCUCUUACAAUGGCAAGGGAAGACAUAUGGCGCUCGCACCCAAAGGUUGGGCAUAG